ACACAACAGAUUAUUCACAUCAUUUAAACAUCAAAACUCAUUUUAAUUCUGAGAGAGACGCUCAUGAACGGGCAACAUAAAGGAGGAGCAACAUUAACAUGUGGUCCAUGCUGAUAAGAACAGGGAGGGAACCUGAAAGUGAAAGAGUUCAGUUUGUUUGGACUACAUUUAAAGUCGACAGAGCAGACGGAGGAAAAGUGAUUCUGAGUCAGGACUGACUGAAGUCCAGAAGAUGGAUGUUCAUGUGGAGGGAGAGGAGGACAGUGAAGAGUCUCCAGCAUCCAGCUGUCUGAAGAGUGACCAGUCCAAAGAUCUUCCUCCUCCAGACUUCAGUGAUGAACCUGGACCCUCAGACACAAAACUGACUGAAGUCCAGAAGAUGGAUGUUCAUGUGGAGGAAGAGGAGGACACUGAAGAGUCUCCAGCAUCCAGCUGUCUGUCUAUGAAGAGUGACCAGUCCAAAGAUCUUCUUCCUCCAGCCUUCAGUGAUGAACCUGGACCCUCAGACACAAAACUUCAGUCCAACAGACGGAGAGCAGCAUCUCCAGAAUCCAUCUGUCUGUCUAUGAAGAGUGACCGGUCCAAAGGUCUUCCUCCAGACUUCAGUAAUGAACCUGGACCCUCAGACACAAAAGAGAGGAAGAGGAGUCAUGUUCCUGUGGAGGAGCAGCCGUCCUGCUGUGGUUUGUGUCAGGACGUCCUGAAGGAUCUGGUCUCUACCAGCUGUGGACACUGGUUCUGCAGACACUGCAUCACCUCAUACUGGGACCAGUCUUCUUCAUCAGGAGACUCCUCCUGUCCCCAGUGUGGGAAAAGAUCCAGAACAAGACGUGGACUGCAGACAGCCAGUCAGACCAGCACUGUCCAAAUGAGUGGUGGUCUGCAGAAGGUUUUAGAUAAACAUAAGAUCAGUCUGAAGACCAGAUGUGAACGUGUGACUGAAGGAAGUGAUGAAACAGGAAGUGGAACCCUCCUCAACAGGAUCUACACUGAGCUCUACAUCACAGAGGGACAGAGUGAAGAGGUUCAUACCCAACAUGAGGUGAGGCAGCUUGAGACAGCUUCCAAGAAGAAGGAGACCCUCCAUGACACUCCCAUCAAAUGCCACGACAUCUUUAAAGCCUUACCUGACCAACAGAGACACAUCAGAGUCGCUCUGACCAACGGCGUCGCUGGCGUUGGAAAAACCUUCUCAGUGCUGAAGUUCACUCUGGACUGGGCAGAGGGCUCGGAGAACCAAGAUGUCAGUCUGGUGGUUCUGCUCUCGUUCAGGGAGCUGAACUUGAUCAAAGAUAAGCGGUUCAGUCUUCUCAAGCUGCUCCAUGUUUUCCAUCCAACAUUACAGAAGGUCACAGCAAAGCAGCUCGCUGUCUGUAAACUUCUGUUCAUCUUUGACGGCCUGGAUGAAAGCAGACUUUCACUGGAUUUCAAGAAGAAGAAGAAGAAGAGGAAGAAGCAGGUUGUGUCUGAUGUCACACAGGAGUCAUCAGUCAGCGUGCUGUUGACAAGCCUCAUCAAGGGGAAUCUGCUUCCCUCGGCUCUCAUCUGGAUAACUUCCAGACCUGCAGCAGCCAAUCAGAUCCCUCCUUCAUGUGUUGACAGGGUAACAGAAGUACGAGGCUUCACUGACGCUCAGAAGGAGGAGUACUUCAGGAGGAGAGUCAGUGAUGAAGAUCUGUCCAGCAGAAUCAUCUCACACAUCAAGACCUCCAGGAGCCUCCACAUCAUGUGUCUGAUCCCAGUCUUCUGCUGGAUCACUGCUACAGUUCUGGACCACAUGUUGACCACAGACCAGAGAGGAGAGCUGCCCAAGACCCUGACUGACCUGUACUCACACUUCCUGCUGGUUCAGACAAAGAGGAAGAAGAAGAAGUACGAUGAAGGACAUGAGACGAGUCCACAGGAGCUGACGGAGGCUGACAGGGAAGUUCUUCUGAAGCUGGGGAGGCUGGCGUUUGAACAGCUGGAGAAAGGAAACAUCAUGUUCUACCAAGAAGACCUGGAGCAGUGUGGUCUGGAUGUCACAGAGGCCUCGGUGUACUCAGGAGUUUGUACACAGAUCUUCAAAAGAGAGAGUGUGAUCUUCCAGAAAACAGUCUACUGCUUUGUUCAUCUGAGCGUUCAGGAGUUUCUGGCUGCAGUCUACCUGUUCCACUGUUACACCAACAAGAACACAAAGGCACUGGAGGACUUCUUGGGGAAGACACCCCUGGAUGUGUUCCUGAAGAAAGCCAUGGAGAAAUCCCUUGAAAGUAAAAAUGGUCACCUGGACCUGUUUGUUCGCUUCCUUCAUGGCCUCUCUCUGGAGUCCAACCAGAGACUCUUAGGAGGUCUGCUGGGUCAGACAGACAACAGUCCAGAAAUCAUCCAGAGAGCCAUCAACAAUCUGAAGGAGAUGAACUGUGAUGAUAUCUCUCCUGACAGAAGCAUCAACAUCUUCCACUGUCUGAUGGAGAUGAACGAUGACUCAGUCCAUCAGGAGAUCCAAGAGUUCCUGAGGUCAGAGAACAGAUCAGAGAAGAAACUCUCUGAGAUCCACUGCUCAGCUCUGGCCUACAUGCUGCAGAUGUCAGAGGAGGUUCUGGAUGAGUUGGACCUGAACGUGUUGAAGUACAACACGUCAAAGGAGGGACGACUGAGACUGAUUCCAGCUGUGAGGAACUGCAGAAAGGCUGUACUUUCUCAAUGUGGACUCUCAGAGACUCACUGUGAAGUCGUGGCCUCAGCUCUGAAGUCCAACCCCUCCCAUCUGACAGAGCUGGACAUGAGUAACAACAACCUGAUGGAUUCAGGAGUGAAGCUUCUGUCUGUUGGACUGGAGAGUCCAAACUGUAGACUGCAGACUCUGAGGUCAGUUCAUGUGUUCUGCUCUUGUACAGUGUAUGACAUUUCCGUUAGUUCUACUGAUUUUAGAGAAAAGCUUAUUGAUUAGGACAUAGUAAUGUUG